AAAAACCAGAGAAUCAAGAAUAUAUACAUAUACACCAUUAAAUGUAGCUGCAUGAUCAGAACAUGCACAUAUCAUGUUUGCUACAUGAUAAAUAAAUCCAUAAAACACACACGCAAGUGCGGCGUUUUCUCUGUGUAUAUUUGUUGACUCGAAGCACUCGUUUCAAAAUUUCCUUAGGGCAGGUCUGGUGUCGCGUACAGGCUUUCGCACCAGUUUUCAAAAAAGCGAACCGGGUUUGUUGGGAAUUCAUUUUAGCGUGGUAGAUCACGAUUCUCUCAUUGUUCUAAUCUUAGGAAGUUGGCAGUGAUAGAAAACAGUUUCUCAGCCGUUUCCAGAGCCCAGAAUGAUUUCGUGGUUGGUGGCAAUCUUUGCAUGCUUCCAAGGGAUUCUCGGUAAUUUCGCGACAAUGGAGAGUGUCCGCGUAUCCUCUGACGUCCCUGCUUUCGAUUUUUCGAUUUAUCCCCUCUGCGACUUCAAGACGCUUACAACCCCUUCGAAGCAGACUCCGGUACCAAAACUAGCGGAAGCGUUUACCAUUAAAGUGGAAGGCAAGAUCGGAGAGUGGGGAUACUUUGAUUCGGAAGGCUAUUCUGAAAAAGAGGGCCAACGAGGUGCAACAUACAUCCUCUCUUUGGGCACCAAGACCGCCUAUGUGUACGAUUUCAUAACGGGAAAUGCUUUCAGCGUCGUGGGAGAAAACGAUGAAUAUGGUGGGCGGCAGUGCACGAAAGAAGAUUUAUGGAAAACGGGAUGCAAUACUUAUGCCUAUUAUAUUGCGGAGGUGGCCGGAUAUUCUGUCAUCUCCAGUAAAUGCAAUAUAAGUGCCAGUAAGGUCACAGAUCAAGGUGUUCAGGAUGCCUCCGUUCGAGCUAUCCAAGUGCAGAUGUGGGAACAGUGCGUGCACGAUAAUAACCUGAAUAUAACCUGGAGAAAUCGCUAUUAUUAUACCGCUCCCGGUGUCUCUUCUCCGAGCAAUCCAAGGAAUGCCACACCAAUUCGGUUUGAAAGUUUACAAAUUGACGGAUUUGGUGCUGGAAAAAUGCAGGUGUAUGAUUUUAUGUACUACUACCCGGAUGUGAAGGACAAGUCUGUCUUUUCACCACCUCCAGGAGUUUAUUGCCCGGGUUGGAUAAGGGAACAACCAACCGCUCCCAUCCUCCCGGACCAGUUCAGCCUCACGAUGCUGACGGUGGCCAAAAAGGAUAGCGCCGUGUAUACCGUGAAACUCAACCUUGACUCACAGCGCAAGUUGGCUUCGUUCGUUACGGACUCGACCAGCCGAGCUCGCUUGCCGUCGUCUUCCGUUAAAAACCGUACCCUGUACCGGACGACCCAUGAUUACAACAACGACCUGUCGUUCAGGACGCCCCUGGGCACGUGGCUGUUGGGCGGUGCCGAGUGUAAUGUGUCAGCUGUCGGCAGUGUUGGCCUGAAUUCGAAGAGGUCCGACAGCUCGGCAGUUGUCCACCUGAAGAUUGCCCGCGAUAUGCUUGAAUGGAAGCGUUCCACUGCGCUGUACAUGGGGCAACGGUAUUUCAACGGGAUGCUGGCACAGGUGUGGGUGUCAGCACAGCGGAGCAAUAACGACGGCACGAGGAACAUCAUCACCACUGUGGAGACGUAUUGGCUACCUGAGAACUGGACGUCUUCUAGUUCUGGUGAGAGCUUGCUCGUGGGAGUCGUCUCCUAUCGGACAUUCUCUAAUGGAUCGAUCCUCGAAACCCUCCAGAGUACUGUCAGCGAUCUAACCACCGCCCCUUUCAAUUGGAAGGCAUUCGACGUUGCGGACUGUUUACGGAACGGCAAGGAGCAGAUGAUCGCGUUCGACUUGAAGGUGCAGAAUUACACGGAACUGGAAUUGAGCAUGCCGGCUUUCGAGGCGGGAAUUCGCGAUGCGCUAUCCAGUCUGACCGCCACAUCACCGCUGCAGUUCAGCGAUAUCCGGGUUACACGGGGUGAUGCGGAGAACGAACUACGCGUCUGGAUGACGGUGUUAGACUGGGUCGACAAGACCAUCAGUGGAACCAGCGUGACAAUGUACCAGAGCGCCGGGGAAGCGGUUAGCGCUUUGAGGAAUCUAUUUGACGACAAAGAUUUGCCGUUCACAAUACCACUUGUCAACAGAACGCAGUCUGUGACUUUCGUAAAAGGCUCGUUCCAGAGCGGCCGUGAACUUGUGCAGCCGACCACUACACCGAUUACCGCACCCACCUCGCCGACCACCAUCCGCACCACGGAGACGUUCACCGCAGCCCUGCCAGCCCGUGAGCAAGAUUCGUACUUGGUGGUCACCAUCAAUAAAGUUAACAGAUCAGACGCCGGUAAUGCAUAUAACCAAGCAGCCGGGUCUUUCUCGGACGCUGCCAGCAGUAGACCCAUGGUCUUUUCUUUUCCGCUCUCGAAGCUUUGAGUCGUGAACUCGAUCGCCGCUGUGACUCUAUGACUAUGCAAAAUGCUAAACGAGUCGGAACAAAGAAGGCAUUACCAUUUGACGAAGAAGUCGUAACUGUUGGAAGACAGCACAAAGCACCGCACUUGCCACACGGACAACAUACGUGGAAUAUGGUAAUUAAGUAACUGUUUAUAGCACAAGAUUAAUGACACCCGAAGCAGCGUCACAUGUACAUCUCCAGCCUCAGGCGACAAUUGGAGCCAAGUCAACGUUCCCAGCGAAUAUAAAGUUGCCAUUAACUUUGCCAGUCAUACUAUGAUACCUGGGAAUUCUAUAGUAAUAGCUAGGUUUUUGGCGAAAUUCAACGCGUCAAAACGAGCCAUUAAUUUUAACGGACAUGGUAGCACUUGACGGAAGACGGGCGUCGACACCACCGCGCGUCGCGAAAGAGCAUAUAAAAGCUACAAACAUCAGACUUCGCUGAUAUAGUUAUUGGAGACAAUACGCUCAUACUGUACGUAAUACAGUUACAGCUGUAAACAGCUACAGAGGUACUCCGCCCACUUUGUCCUCUGAGAAUUAAUUACUAGUACAGGAUGGGAUUUGCAAUAGCGAUCGCUGUCAUCGGCAGCGCGGUGAUCUUGCUCAGUGGCACCGCUGAUGCGCAGAACCGUACCGCAUCCACUGCAAAGCCAGCGGAAGGCGUCAUUAACCUGCAGAACCGUACCGGAUCUCCAUCAAAACGCACCGGUAAUCGCCCCGAAUCCGUUGGAAACCGUACCGAAUCCGUCGUAAACCGUACCGAAUCCACCGGAAAUCGUACCGAAUCCGUCGGAAACCGUACCGAAUCCGCCGGGAAGCAAACGGAAACCGAAGACCGCCUAUACCGGCCAGUUAUAACACCCAUGUUAGCUCAGUGCUCCGCAGCCUUCAAAGUGGGCUGCAAAUGUGGUGAAAUUCGCGUCCAGUGUGCCUUUUGCGACAUGACCUGCAGCAACCGAAAUCCCAGAUGUCCCGCGGUCUGCACACCCGGAUGCGCAUGCAUGGGAGGAUACGUUCGCACCGCUAACGGCUGCGAUCCGGUGUCAACUUGCCCGCCGCCGCCGCCCCCGCCACCACCGAUCAAGCCGCCGGUCCCAGUCAAGCCGCCCAAUAUGCCGAUGCCCCCCACCACCACCCCUUACUGUGACCGAUACUGCAUGAUGGUUCAACCUGGCUGGCUGACUGGCUGGUUCUGAAAGUUUGAAUCUGAUCCUGAAUGCUAAAAGUCUGAAUGUGAAUACAUAGCCAAAUUUUGAUUCUUAUUGCUGCAAAUCUGAGUCUAAAUUUCGAAAGACCGAGUCCGAAGCUUUUGUUAGUUUGUUUUAUUGCUUUUGUUUGGUUUUCUUGAGUUGUUCUUACGUUAUUUCUCAUGUUAUUUUUUGUCUUUUCUUUGCAUUUGCAUUUCUGUGAAGUGCUUAUUUUCAGGAAGUUGACAAGCACCUUUGUCAUUUUUACCACAGAAUAAUUUUUUUAAA